GUGUGUGUGUGUGUGUGUGUGUAAAACUCAGAACUUUCUUUUAAAAGCACCUACUGGGUAAUUUGUGUGUAUUUAUUUUUUAUUUUUUCCCCUUAUCUCACCCCCUCUUUUUUUUUUUUAAGCAGGCUUUCCAAAACCAGCCAAUUCAGUCCAAGAAGGAAGUUAAUAUGGAGUUAGUUAAAGAUAUUUCUAAGAGGCUCAGUAAUACCAUACCUGCCUCUGUGUUGACCAGAAGCAAUGAAGUGAAUACAAAUAGGUAUAAGGUGGAAACCUUACCACUAGUAACCUCUACCACCAUGACAACAAAUGUGGAAAAACCAUGCAUAUUGGAACCAUCUACCAGCUCUAAAACACAAACAACUCAGGAGACAUCUAUUUUCAAGAAGUCAUUAGUCUCAAAAAGGAAUCCUACUAUUUUAGACACAUUGCUCACUAAGAAGUUGUUAUCUUUAAGGAAGAGCACAAGUCAGGAAGAAGUAUCCCUCUUGGAUAAGCCAUUAUCCUUACAAAAAGAGACUAACCUUGAUGCUGACGUUAUUAUAGAGCCAGUGAAUUUGGAAAGUAAGCAGAGAACAGAGGAGACAACCAUCACUGGAAAGAUACCAUCCUUAAAUAAGAUGCCCACAGAUCAGAGAAAGCAAGGCUUAUUGCAGGACAUUAACAUUGAAGCAGAUUCUGCUCCAGUGAAUUUUGACAAAGAGCCUAAGACUGAGAAGACAAUCUUCACCAAGAAGCUCUUAUCUUUCAGGAAGUGUGCCACUCAGGUGAAUAUAUCUGAUAUGAACAAAUCACCUCAGAAGGUCACCUCUGUGGAGAAGUCACCUGUUAAGGAGUUGUUGUCCUCUAAGAGAAAGCCUAUCCCUAAGUCCAUUUUCCAACAACCAUCUCUGUUCCAAGAGAGCCCCACCACUUGGGAAGAGGCAGCCAUGUUGAAGAAACCACAGCCAUUACAAGAGAUUAAGACUAGUGGAUAUGACUUCCUGCGGCAACAAAUGUUCUUUAGGAAGACACAGGAUACCAAGGAGGUAACUAAGUUACCUUUAGAAAAUGAAUGUCCCAUUCAGGAGAAGACAUUCCAUUUGAGGAAGCCAAUAAUACUGCAGAAGCCCACUAUUGGACAGAAGUUACUCAUGGGACAACAGAAGGAGGUGGUGUCCCAUAAGAGGAAAUGUACCACUGAGGAGUCCCUUUCCCAAGAUCCAUUUGCAUGGCUGGAAAAUCACACCACCCAGGAAAUUACAUCCACCGUGAAGAAGCCUUCAGAUGAGUUGCAGCAAGGGAGUCCAACUGAGGAGAACUCACUUUUUAAGAAGGAUUUAACUUUUACAAAGAAGCGUACUAUUGAGGAGACAACUUCCACCAACAAUCUGUUAUCUUCAAAGAAAAAGUGUACUCCUCAGUGUAAGCUAUCCCACUUGAAGCCACUAAUAUUGCAGACUACUUCUAAAGAGAAGUCACUCAUUAAGGAGCCAUUGCCCUUUAAAAUGAAGCUUACCACUGAGGAAGGAUCUCUUUUCAAUGUAUCAGCAGCAUCCCAAGAGAAGCACACCAUUCAGGGGAAGGUGGCUCUCUAUAAUCCAUGGGCAUUGCAGAAGAAUAUUGGAAAUGGAAGUGAACCUCUGAUGGAACCAUUUGAAUUUAAAAUGAAAUAUACCACAAAUGAGGCAGAUUCUACCAAGGAGCCAGUAACUUUAAAGAAGAGAAAGUCUGACACUCAGAUGAAAUCUGUCAGCCAAGACCUAUUGCAUUUAAAAGAUAAUGUUGAUGAAGAUAAGAAUUCCUUCUUUAUGGGGUCGCCAUCAUUUAGGAAGAGCCCUCCAACCAAACAAGCUAUCCUUGCCAAAGCACCAUUAUCCUUAAGUAACCCAAAGACUCAGGACACAAUGUUUUUCUUCAAGAAGAUCACCUCUGGAGACGAGUCACACUUUAAGGAUGCAUUGCCCUAUAGAAAAGAGCCUACAACUGAAAAGGGGUCGUUCCUUCAAGAUUCAUCCGUUAAGAAAGAAAGGUAUAUGAACCUGGAGAGAGUGUUGCUUCCAAAAAAUUCACUGGCUUUGCAAAAGAAGGUCCCUUCUGAAGAAGGAUCAUAUAUUAAGGAAUCACUGAACUUGAAUGAGAAGCCUGCUGCUGAGAACAAAUCCCUCUCUCAGGAGCUACUUUCAUCGCAUAUUAACCCUGGCAAGAUGGAUGAGGCCCUCUUUUGGAAGGCUUUGGCCUUACAGAAGAAGAAUAAUACCAAGGAGAAUUUAAAGAAUGUGGUGUCAUCACAAGAAGGCACUACUGAAGAGAAAUCUCUCUCCAUGAAGCCACCAAUUCUCAAGCUUUCUGCUGAGGUGCCAAAAAGUACAGAGAGGCAGUUGGGUUUAACAAAGAAGCCCACUGAUCAAAGUGGUGCAAACAGUUACUUCUUGAAGAAUCAGUUAUCCAUGCAAGAUAAUAUUACCAUGGAAGUGGAAUUCCUUAUUAAGAAACUAGUGGCCAUGCAGGAAAAUCUCAAAAUUGAGAAGGAGAAUCAUGUGAAGAAGUCUGUAAACGUACAGGAGAAAGACGGCACUGAAAACGAGACCAUCAUGAAGCAGCCUCUGACACUUCAGCAGAAAUGUACAGCUGAGGAUAAUGUGUUCCUGAACAAACUAUUGGCUUUGCAGAAGCCUAGCAGUGGGAGAGAGCCGUUAGUCUUUCCAAAGCCUAUCAUCAACCAGGCACCACUUUUCACCACUGCGAAUGUAUUGUCAUUCAAGGAAAUACUGAACUUUCAAAAGAAUCCUACCCACAAAGAAGACACCAGUCUCAGUAAAGUCUUGAUCCCCCAAGUUCAGACUAGCGCAUGUCUGUCCAGUGCUGUCUCUAAACCUGCAACAAGCAUGUCCAGAGCUACUACCAUAUCCAGUGUGGGCAGUUUCAGUAGUUUCAGGAAGCCCUUCACUUCUGAAUCAAAUUCCAGUAAACUUUCAUCUAAGAACAAGAAAUCACGGGAGGAGCGGAUAACUUCACUGAAGGCUGCUGAUGAUAAUGAAUAUGAUGAUUCAUUUUACGACUCAGUAUAUACCAAGGAUAUCUUCAUGUACAUGAAGGAGAGAGAGCACAAGUUCAUGGUUAAAAGUUACAUGAAUUGGCAGACUGAAAUUAAUGCUCACAUGAGGUCACUCCUUAUUGAUUGGCUGGUGGAGGUGCAGAUAUCUUUUGAAAUGAGUCAUGAGUCCUUGUACUUGGCAGUGAAGCUGUUGGAUCACUAUCUUAUGAAGGUAAUAGGCAAGAAGGAUGAGUUGCAACUCCUUGGUUCCACUGCUUUUCUGAUUGCAGCAAAAUUUGAGGAGCCUUAUCCGAUUUCUGUGGAAGACUGCCUGUAUAUCUGUGAUGAUCAUUAUCAAAAAAAAGAGUUACUCACCAUGGAAGCCAACAUGCUGAAGAUGCUAAAUUUUGAUAUUGGCAUUCCUACCUCCUAUCAUUUUCUGCGCAAAUAUGCUCAGUGUAUUCAUGUGGACAUGGUGACAAUCACCUUAUCCCGCUACAUCUGUGAGAGGACCCUGCAGGAGUACGACUAUGUCAAGGAGAGGCCUUCCAAACUUGCUGCUGCUUCCUUCCUCCUGGCUCUUUACAUGAAGAAGCUUCAUCACUGGACUGCCAGCCUGGAGUAUUACAGUGGCUACAAGUCUUUGGAGCUUCACCCCUUGGUCAGGCAAAUGAACUCUAUGUUAACUGCAAAUUUUGAAGAUAAACUCGGGGCAGUGCAUUCCAAAUACUCUCACCGGGCCUACUUUGAAGUCACCAAAAUCCCGCCGUUGAGCCUGUUGAAAUUGGAGGAGAUUUUGAAGUACAGUUAAUUGUCUUGGCCCUCUGAUAGCAGCCACCAGGCAGACAUGGAAAUCACCUGCAUUUAUAUUAUCUUCUGGAAUAUA